AUGCAACCAUUUAAUAAAUAUUAUCCACCAGAUUGGGAACCUGAAAAGGGUUCGGUCAAUAAGUUUGUGGGAAAACAUCCUCUUGGAGAUCGAGCCAGGAAAAUAGAUCAAGGAAUAUUAAUUGUUAGAUUUGAGCUGCCAUAUAAUAUUUGGUGUGAAGGUUGUGGAAAACAUGUUGGCAAAGGUGUUCGAUAUAAUGCAGAAAAGAAAAAAGUCGGGAAUUAUUAUAGUACACCGAUUUAUAGUUUUCGAAUGAGAUGUCAUUUAUGUGAUAAUUGGAUUGAAAUUCAAACCGAUCCAAAGAAUUCGGAAUAUGUUGUUGUUAGUGGAGCACGUCAAAAAGUUGAAACAUGGGAACCUGAAGACACUGAGACAAUAAGACUUAAAGAUGAUAAAGAAGCAGAGAAAUUAAUUGAUGAUGCUAUAUAUAAACUUGAACAAUCAAAAUUAAAUGAUAGACAAUGGGCAGAUCCAUAUACACAUUCACAAAGGAUGAGAAAACUAUUUAGAGAAGAAAAAAAAGAAUUUGAAGCAAAAAGAAAAGCGGAUGAAGAAAUACGAAAAAGAAAUUCAUUAUCGAUUACAUUAUUACCAGAAUCAAAUGAUGAUAUUAUUAAAGCUAAAACAACUGAAUUUGCAGAUCAUUUACUUGAAAAAGCAGUAAAACGUAAAUUAGAAAUUUCAACAUCAUCAAUAUUCAAUAAGAAUAAUAAGAAAUUAAUAUCAUCAUCAUCAUUAUCAUCAAAAUCAAAAAAAUAUAAAUCUAUUUUCGAUAAUUCAAACAGCAAAGUUGCACAAUUAUCAGCAGUAGUAACUGUAAAUACAAAACUUAAAACUGAUCCUUUUUUAAAAGAUAAUGAUUGGAAUAAUAGUAAAAAUGGUGGCAGCAACAAUAAUGAUAAUAAUAAUAAUAAUAGUAGUAAAGAAAUUCAAAAUGAUUUAAUUGUUAUAAAGAAGAAAGACAACAAGAAAUCAUCAAAUAAUAAUAAUAUCGAAGAAAAAUCAAAAACUGUUGAAAAUCAACAACAACAACAAAUAGAUAAUUCUAACAAUAGUGAAGGUAUUAAUUAUUGUUGUUAUUUAAUAUUAUAA